AUGUUCGGUCAACCAUCUCUUGAGCUGCAGCUUGAUGGCGCUGUGCAUGACAUGCUGAACAAGGAAAUAGCAGAGAGAACCCGUGAACUGAGGCACAUGAGAGGAGAAGACCUGCAAGGAUUGAACAUUGAAGAAUUACAGAAAUUAGAAAAAUCAAUAGAAGGAAGCUUGUGUCGCGUCUUGGAAAUUAAGGUUUGUGCAGCUUGUCAUCUUAAUUCUGGAGAUAGGCCAAGGACAUUUGCUCAAGCGAGGGCAGUCAUCAGAUUCCAUGGGGACCAAUAUCAGCAGCAUGAGCUCUUGUGCUUUUCUGACAUUGGGGUUGGCUACAAGUAG